GGCAGACAGGUGAUGGGCGGAUCAGCGCAGCGCAGUGUUGACUUAUGGGUUCAUCUGUUUGGUUUGUGAUCUAAACAAAUAUGCAGAUGUACGGACCGCUCUGCUGAUGGCCACAGCCCACAGCUCAGGGGGGGAAACGCACAAACCAAACGUGAAAGAAGAAAUCCUCGCACACUGGUUACUUUCCCCGAGGGAUGGUACCGAUUUUCCGCGCGACAGGAGCGCCCUUUCCGCUCCUAAAUGAUCGGUUUCUUCCCUUUAAACAAACCGACACUGAACCGAAAUGAGAACGGCCGUUUAUUUGAUCCUAUGCUUUCUCCACUGUCGCUGCGCUCGCACUGAGGAAGCCGAGAUUCCGCAAGAAUUGCUGGAGAAGUUGGCACACAGUGAAAUCUACAGCAUCAGUGAUCUUCAGCGCCUCCUGGAGAUUGAAUCCGUAGAUGAUGCUUCCGAAUCCAAUCUCAAGUCUCACAGUAUUAAUAAUAAAAUUAAUACUCCAAAACACGAGCACACCAAGCGCUCAGCACCAGUUCGGAGAAAGAGAAGCAUUGAGGAAGCUGUACCUGCGGUGUGUAAAACGAGGACUGUAAUUUAUGAAAUCCCUCGCAGUCAGAUCGAUCCCACCUCUGCCAACUUCCUGAUUUGGCCGCCUUGUGUGGAGGUGAAGCGAUGUACUGGGUGCUGCAAUACUGGCAGCAUCAAAUGCCACCCUUCCCGGAUACAUCACCGCAGUGUCAAGGUGGCAAAAGUGGAGUAUAUAAGACGCAAACCGCGGUUAAAGGAGGUUAUAGUGGGACUAGAGGAGCACCUGGAAUGUGCGUGCACAUUACUACAGUCUAACUCAGAGUACAGAGAGGGGGAAGGGCCUUUCACCAGCCCUCAGCUGGUUAAAAGAAGAAAUAGUGAAAAAAUUAAAAUACGGAAGAGCAAAAAGUUAAUGCUGGCACCUGGCAAGGAUGUUUUGCCAACAUAAAGGCUCUCGGACAUUUGCAGAUGUGAGGUGAAAAUAAGCUAUCCAAGGACAUGUCAUGUGGGAGGGAGGGCCCUGGUCACCUCUUUUGUUACAUGCCGACACCUGUUAUGCCAAAGGUGCUUUUUGACUGUUUUCCUGCUCUCGAUAUGUUAAACAAAAAACUGUUUCCCGGCGAAACGGGGGGUAAAAAAUAAUGGACAAAACUGACUUGCUCCAAGGCAAUGAGGAGGAAAGAGGUGGACAGGACUUCUCUGGGCUGUGAGGCGUCAUUUCUUUCGUGAAAAGGCAACUCGGAUGGAUGGGAAUAACGUCCUAAAAUGCUGCUGAAAGGACACAAUUUUCAAAUGGAGGAUCCUAAUGAAGAACUUUAACAUGGUGCUGUUAUUACCAGGGCUGUUUGUCCAACUCUCGAUGGACGGGAUAAAGGAAGGAGAGCGCUAGCGGACUGUCUGAGAAACUGAAUGGCCUUUUCCCAACGCGUAUUUUCCGCUGGAUUGUGGAGCAAUGUUGCACAGUGUUUUGAACGACGCAGUUCCACUGGGAGGGAGAAGUCUUAAGACUAACGAACGCUUAAGAGUUUCUUCUUGCAUCAUUAGGUGUAUAUUAAGCUUGCUUAUACUGUUGUACUCUUCUUUUUUUAAUGUUUUAUUAUUCCAUGGACAACUCGUAUAUUUUUUAUUUGCAUUUAGCAGACUGCAGGUAUGACGUGACAGGCUCUUAUUGAUUUUAUUUCUACUGGAAGUCUAUGGCCCCUUAACAAGCUGUUCGGAAAACAUUUGCGAGGAAAUAUUCUCAAACAUGUUUUCUGGUUUCACUUAUUUCUCCCCUCCCGCCUUUCUCCUUUCCUUUAUUUUUUUUCGUUCUAAUUUAAAGCGUUUUCAAGUACAAAUUAUUUUGCAUUAAUAAAUGAUCCGAAAAGCAGGAAA